GACAAAGAACACCAGCUCUAACCAUGGAUUAUGCUAUUCUGGAAUUAUUUGAUGCCCUUGUGAUCUCUACCACAACCAUAGAUCCUCAAACAACCACACACGACGAAAGCUGCGAAUUAAAUGAGGACGGCAUUACAUUUGGAAUGAAUGACGGUCUAUUAGACAUUAUACGGCGAAUAUCGUCCCUUCACUUUCGCUCAAGAACCGGAAAAGUGAAUAACUCUACGACAAUUACGGAAGCUGUGGGCAUAUGGCAGGACCUAGCGACAUGGCAACCUCCAGAAACUCUGCCCGGUGAACAAUACCAAGAGCUAUACGAUUCUUACACAUCAGCCCUGUUUACCUGGCUCUACCUCAUUCUGCACCCCGACAGUAUGUGCGAUGGGAAGGUCCAGUCAAUGGUGGAACAAGGCGUUGUGGCGAUGUCGGCUAUCACCGUUCUCGAGCUGUCACCAUAUCUGCUCAUCCCACUAUUUAUUCUCGGCGUGGCCAGUGUACAGGACGAUCAUAAGGACUUUAUCAGCGGGCUCUUUGACCAUAUCGAAGAGCAGACCGCGUUUGAAGAGGUGGAAGUAUAUCGCACGAUGGUGGAACGCAGUUGGGAAAGCCAAGACCAGGGAAUUCCGCGAAGUUGGGAGUGGAUCAAAUGGCAGGACGCAGGAUCGGCAGGGUGACGGUUUUUCAGAUCGGCUAUUUCAUUGUACUCGACCAGGUCGAAUUGGAUGUCGCCGUAUCCUCCUUGCAGCGGCCGCUAAUAGCGGAUCAGGCAAAAUAUCAGCGAGAGACUCUGACGAAAGAAUGAAAUUGAAACAAAUUAGACAAGAAAGGGAAAUGGCAACAUGGACAGAGAGGGGUCACUGGGCGUAUCACAUUGGCAUGCUGUUACAUACGGACGCGAUAUUAUGCAAAUGAUAGAAAGAUAUAAUUAUCACCUUGAGUAUGAAAUCCCAUGGAAAAUAUGGACCUCACAACCGAGCGUAGAAUAAAGUACACCCGAUUUGCACCACAAUAGCCAGAGCACCCGUAUUGACAGGCUGCACCGACGACAUAUGGUAAAAGGAAUAACCUAUCAUGAUCGUAACAAGGCUCUCAUAUUGGAGAGGAUAUGUCUUGGCAGCGCAGGGGUCUGUAGGUCGGAAACCCAAUUGUACAGUAUCGUCGUUGUCACCUGGCUCUGGAAGAGGCAGUUCUAUUGCCGGUAGGUAGUUCUGGCCAGAUAACGGAGAUUCACAUUCUUGAAGACUCGCGCAAAGCGCG